ACGGCAAACGUCGACGUCCUCCUGAAGAGGAGAUUGUAGACCGUCUUUGAGAGCGCCAUGUCGAAGAUGCAGUGCGCAGUAGCGGAAGCACAGAGUUCUUCCGUUUCCGGUUAAAUUUCUCUGCAGGACAAGUCCACCUGAGAAACCAUGUCGACGACGAACAAAUAAUUACAAAUAUCAGAGGACAGCAAUUUUAUCCGAGGUGUUUGAAAGCUCCCUAUUGAGAGCCUUCAGCAUGGGGAAGAGGUACUACUGUGACUACUGUGACCGGUCCUUUCAGGACAACAUGCAUAACCGGAAGAAACACCUUAAUGGAGUUCAGCAUCACAGAGCAAAAAAAGCCUGGUUUGACCAAUUUAGAGAUUCUGCUGCUAUUUUAUAUGAUGAACAGGUAAAAAAAACAUGCAGGAAGUUUCUCCUAAAAGGAUUUUGUGAUUUUGGCGCAAACUGCAGGUUUUCUCACAUGAGUGAAGAGGAGCAGUUGAUGUUAAAAAGACAAUUAGAAGAUGAAAAACAAAACAAAGAAGAUGCGGCUGACAGGAUGAUGGCUGGGCGAAGCGUACAGGAGUGGCUGUCGAAAAGGGAGAAGAGGAAGGCCGCCCUUAGUAGCAAAGGAGAUCUAAAAACUAAAGAGGACCGCGAGGAGGUUGAAGAAGACAAUGAGAUCCCUCAUCAACUCCUCUCUAUGCCUGACCUCCCUCCCUCACUGCUGCCUCCUCCUCCAGGAGGAUGGAGAGUCUUUGUGAACGCCGAGUGGGAUUAAUACAACCUCGGUUUCAGGACGCUGCCAAAUGUGCCUAUCACAUUUAAGUCUGUCAUUAAGAAACUGAAAUGUUUGCAUCUUGAUAAGAAGUUUGGGGAUUUUUCAAAAUAAAAUACUGACCAUUCCAGAUCAUUUUAAAGCAAAAUUUAGAGAUGCUCUACAAAUAGUAGUCUGGUUUUGUGGCACAGAUUUCACACAGUACUCAUGCUUAGGCAUUAUUAGUAAAAUGUCCAUAUACAUUUGAACAAUUCCCAUGGCUGUCAAGCACUGCAUCAGUCAGCUGCACAGUCCCUGAGGAAAUGAAUGAUUUAUGAACAGAUGCAGUAUACAUACAUAUGUGUAACUUUUCUCAUAGUUUGAGCCAGAUAUUGGAUUCUCAGACUUUCCUCUGCUUCUAACCCAGCAUCAAGAAAUAAUCUACAACUGCAAACAUUUUAUCCUCUUAAUGAUGUUUAUGUGACAUAUGUUUAAACUUGUCAGAUGCUUAAAAUUUUUAUUUUGGGACUUGCAGAAGCAUUUUUUACAUAAGUUAGUAGACAAAAAUUUCGUCAAUUUUUUUUUUUUAAGUAGCUUUAAUUUAGUUAUUUUUUUCUCUUUUCAGAAAAAGAUGACUGCACUGACUAAAUAAAGCAAACUUCAAUGACUAUGUAUCUAUUUUUGAACAAAGCAUUUCUUUUGAACUGUUAAUAAAAUAGUUUUUUUUUUCAAAAAAUGUACACUUUAACUCUGGUUAAGCAUGGUAGUAGAAGCAUAGUAGUGUGGGGAUGCAUUACCACGUCAAGCAUAAUGACCUUUAUUUGUGAGGUAAAGGAUUGUGGUAAUAGUUGACCGACUUUUUUUCACUUCUAGUUAAAUUGUUGCUCACUUCUUGAUCUUCCAGAAAGACAUUGACCCAAAACAUAAUUUAUUUAAUUAAUUUAUUUAUCCCAUGUUGGGGAAAUUCUUUAUGUUCUUAAUGUUCUGUAUGAUUUAGAUGAAUUUAAGCAUUUUAUGGCAGAAGGAUGACCUAAACUUUUUCAAAAUUUUCUUCACAUUAUUUACUAUGUUGAAAAGGAUUUUGUCCCUGCUCGCUUGUAACUUAAAUGUCCCUAAAACACUUUUAGUUUCAUAAUUUCAACAGACAUUUUGUUAUGAUUAUUCUUUUGUUUGUUCUUUACAAAGGAAGCUGACUAUUUUGAUCAGACAUGCUUUCCUAAGACAAAUAGUCUUAUAUGGAAAUUUGAUCCUGAGGGUUUUCAUAGAAGUGUGAUUUGUGACUUUCUUCAUCCAAACUUUUUGCUAUUUUUAGAAAAAUGCUUUCAUCAAAUGGCGGUCUGACUACAGCACUUCACAGAAAUGUUCUUCAUGACUAUUCGGAGGCUGGACCAAGCAGCAAGGCAACUUUUCAUGAUUGACAGUGAAAAAAUCUGAUAGCAUGGCAUACCAUCCAAACUUCCCCAUUUUCUUAUCUGAAAAUGACUUGAAAAUGAAAAUGAAUUGAGAUGUUUUUUUUUUUAUCCCUGACCCAGUCAGUGCAUUGAUUAUAUGCUGUUUUUAGAAGAGCUUCACAUUUUUGUAUGGCUGCAUCUACAUGGUGUCAUAACGUUUUCCCAUUUAA